AUGAAGGUCUUCCUCACUGGUGCGACUGGCUACAUCGGGGGCGAUGUACUUGCUUCGAUCGCAAGCCGAUUCCCCACCGCAUCGAUCACAGCUCUGGUCCGCGACACAGUCAAGGCCAAGCCCAUCACCGACGAGUAUCCCCACGUUCAGCUUCAGCAGGGUGAUCUAGACUCAGCCGAUGUCAUUGAAGCAGCUGUCAAGGAAACUGACGUGGUCAUCAAUGCUGCCAACGGAAAACACAUCGGCGCGGUCCAGAGUAUCGCAAAUGGCAUUCGCAAGGCCAGCAGAACAAGCCCUGUCUCUUGGAUCCAGAUAUCCGGCGCAAGCGUCCUCUCAGCACCGGAUGUCGUCCACAAGCGUUUCGGUGAGGCCUCGGGCCGCAAGUAUAAUGACUACGGCAGCGUUUCCGAGAUAGUUGACCUCAUUGAGAAGUCUCCGGCACGUGCUGUCGACCAAGCCAUGCUGAGCAUCGCCCGUGAACUGGGGUCCCGAGUCCGCACAGCCAUCCUCUUCCCACCCAUUAUCUACGGUUUGGGUCGUGGGCAGGGCAAUCGCAAUAGCAUACAAAUUCCUGGCCUUUGCAAGGUAGCCAUUGAGCAAAAGGCUGCAGUGUAUGUCGGACCUGGAGAGGCUACCUGGGGCAAUGUGCAUAUUGCGGACCUCAGCAGCCUCAUCACAGCGAUAGUAAGCAAGGGGCAGGACAAGGAUUCCGACCCAGAACUCUGGAACGAGAAUGGCCUAUAUUUUGUUCAGACUGGAGAGAUGUCAUGGAAGCGCAUUGCCGAGAUUGUUUCUCAGACAGCCCAGAAGGCAGAGAUACAGGCGCUGCCAAAGUCGAUUGAUGCCCAGGAGGCGGACAAGACCUUUCCUCAUGGGAGUGUUCUAUUUGGCACAAACGCUGUGUGUGCCCCAGAUAGGGCAGGAAAAUUGCUCGGCUACAGCGCUUCACAGCACGGCCUUGAAAAGGAAAUACCCGAGUCGUUCCAGAGAGAGUUGGACGCUCAAGGGGCGUGA